GUACCGUCCAACUACAAUUAUCUCAUCCCCCUCUCUCUCUUUUUUCUUUUUUGUUUUUAUCUUCUUCUGAUAUCUAAACCAUAAAUGGCAGUGUCCACCGCCUUAUCCAUAGCCGGUGCAGGUGCCGGAACUCGCUUCUCCGGUGAUUUUCAGCAGCUGGGGCGUGUUGAAACUAGGCUUUCUCAAAAACCCAGAAAGCAUUCUGGCUGGUUAUGCCUGUAUAGGCACCAAUUACCUCAUUAUUACAAGUGCUUUUGGCAAGAAUCCAGAACCGAGAAAUUGAGUUUCAAGCAAAGUUUAGCUCUUCGUAAAGAUUCUGAUGACAGCUUUCUCCCGAAUGUAGAAGAUACAGAUGAGAUGUUUGAUGACUUGUUCAAUAAAUAUGGAAAAGUAGUCUUUAGGAGCAAUGACAAUAAACCUCCUACCGCAGAGGUUGAUGAUGAUGCUGAAAGCUUGUCGUUUGCUGUUGAAAUGGCCAAGGUUGCAAGUGAUGUUAAGGCUUCAGAUAUAAGGGUCCUCUUCGUAAAGCCUCUUGUGUACUGGACUAGAUUUUUUAUCAUUGCAACAGCAUUUUCACGUCCUCAGAUUGACGCUAUCAAUUCCAGAAUGAGGGAUCUUGCUGAAAAGAAGUAUGGAAAAGUUCCAUCUGGGGACACAAAACCCAACUCAUGGACCCUGUUGGACUUCGGUGAUGUAGUAAUCCACAUAUUUCUUCCUCCGCAGAGAGCGUUCUACAACUUGGAAGAAUUCUAUGGUAAUGCAACACCAAUUGAGCUUCCUUUUGAGAACCAACCUCCAUUUGGCAGAUGAAAUAAGUUUUGCUCAAGGAUCUGAUUGCUUUUGACCAUCUCCACAUGGCUGUGGUGUUUGGUUGGCAAACGAGGCAAAUUUCACCUCUGCCUGUUUGUGCUUUUGCUUGAUAGACAUGCAGAGGCUGAUGGGUGGAAUAGAAACUUCUGCGAGCAGUCCUUGCUGAAGACAUUCUUUCACAAAUUUGUAAUGGAGUAGGAGGGGGGCGGUGUCGACAUCCUUAAAAGUAUCUCUUUUGGCUUACGUUGCUGCAGAGUGUACUCAAAGCAGUAUAUGUGAAAGCCAUGUGGUUUGGAUAACAUGAAAAAUGAACGUCUUGCCAACCAUAAUAGCAGUUUUUAUUCUUCAA